AUGAUGAGGGGUACUUCACGCUUCGGCAAGAAAGGGAAGCUGAGUUCGAAGUACGUCGGUUCCUUUGUGAUUCUUGAGAUAAUAGGGACUUUGGCAUAUCGUCUUGCAUUGUCGCUGAGACUGGCGCAAGUGUAUGAUGUCUUCCACGUGUUGAUGUUGAGAAAGUAUGAACCUGACUCAACUCACGUGCUAAAUUUUGAAGAAUUAUACGUGGACAACAGAGUGUCGUACGUGAAGAGACUAGUUCAAAUUGUGGAUCGCAAGGAGCAAGUGCUGCGUACCAAGACGAUCUCAUUAGUCAAAGUGGUCUGGCAACACCACGGGAUAGAAGCAGCGACAUGGGAAAGUGAAGAAUCGACGAGACAACAAUACCCCCAUCUUUUUUAA